AUGAAGUUCUCGAUGCUAUCUGCCGCUGUCGCGGUUUCAGCUUUCAUUGGAAGCUCUGCCGCCCUUAACAUCCUGAUGGGAAAUGACGAUGGCUUCGCCAGUGCCCAGCUCCGAGAAUUCUAUCGCCUGUUGAAGGGAGAAGGCCACAACAUUGUCGUCGUCGCUCCCGUCGACAAUGAAAGUGGUCAAGGCGGUCGAUCUGUCUUCACCAACUCGAAGACCUUGUACUACCCCUCCGAAUUCGACAUCAUUCCUGCCGGUGCUCCCUCACUCGGUCGUUCUCCUGAUGAGCCAGACGUUUGGUACUACAACGGUACUCCAGCGGCAUGCACCUUCGUCGCCCUCGACUAUGUCAUUCCAAACUACUACGACAACAUGACCAUCGAUCUGUAUGUUGGAGGUCCCAACUUUGGCUCGAACCUGGGAUCAUUCCUUUAUACCUUGUCCGGGACGGAAGGCGGCACCUAUGCGGCUGUGGGAAGAAAUAUUCCCGCCAUUGCCUUCUCCGGAGCCAACAGCGAACAACGCUCGUACACCUGGAUCAACCAGACCACCCCUUCGGGUUAUCCUGAUCCAGCAACUAUCCAAGCUCAAUUGGCUGUCGACCUCGUCAACCAACUCGUCAACAACCCCCAUGGGUCAAAGCCUCUGAUGCCCUUAGGCUAUGGAAUCAACGUCAACACUCCCUACAUCACCUCUCUGACCAACGAUUCUUGCGUCGCACCACCAUUCAUCCAGACCCGAAUCGGCGGCGGCGGCUUCACAGACAAGGCAGUGUACAACGAGACAUCUGGUACAUUUACCUACGGCAACCUUCUCACUGCGGCUAUCAACCGCUGCAUCAACGGCAACUGCGCACUACCAGGUGAAACUUCCGUGGUCGACGGCGGCUGCUACACCUCCGUGUCGGUAUUCACCAUUGACUACGAUGCUCCUCUGGGCCGCGACCAAGGCAAACUCCGCGGCAUGUUGACGCCUCUCGUUAAAUUUGAGAACCCCGACGCGAAAAUGAAGAUCAAGGCCCGCGAAGCAUGGACGGCCGAGCAACUGGAAGCUCGACACCCCCUUCGCCACGAGUGA